CUGAACCCCAACCUCGGCUUUUCAUUGGCUACAUUCCGCGCAUUGCAGUUAUACGACGCUGUGAUUGGUGGACAUGUUUAUCGAAUUUGACAGGUUCCGACCCUCCGGUUGUUUGCGCGAUUGCCUGUGUCGCCCGCCCGCCGUCACUGCGUCGGUCAUUUCCCAACAGCAUGAGUCCCCAACAACACCAACAGCGCUCCUCGUCGUCGUCCGCGCGCCGCAUCGAGCAGGUCGGCAGCCAACUCAGCAUCUCCGCCUCCCUCGUCGAUGAAGACAGCCUGUAUGCGUCUCGUGUAAAGGAAAUGCAAGCGUUUAUGAACCAAGAACGCUUCCGCCACACCACUCGUCAGUACAACGCCGAAGACGUGGUGAAGCUCCAAGGCACGGUGAUUCAGUCGUAUGCAUCCACAACGCAAGCGACCAAGCUGUACUCGAUGUUGCGUCAGUUGCAGGCUCAGGGCAAAUGCAGCCACACGUUUGGCGCGCUCGACACGAUCCAAGUGGUCCAAAUGGCCAAGCACUUGACGUCCGUGUACAUUUCGGGGUGGCAGUCGUCGUCGACUGCGUCAUCGACCAACGAACCCGGCCCGGACGUUGCGGACUACCCCAUGGACACGGUCCCGAACAAAUGCGACCAACUGUUCCGCGCGCAAUGCUUCCAUGACCGCAAGCAGUACGAAGCCCGCCGGCGAAUGAGUCCCGCGGAGCGCGCCGCCACCCCCGCGAUCGACUACCUGCGCCCAAUCGUCGCCGACGCGGACACGGGUCACGGUGGACUCACGGCGUGCAUGAAGUUGGUGAAGCUGUUUGCCGAGCGCGGCGCUGCCGGCAUCCACUUGGAGGACCAAAAGCCUGGCACCAAGAAGUGCGGCCAUAUGGGGGGCAAGGUGCUCGUGACGACGCAGGAGCACAUCUCCCGCCUCAUCGCCGCCCGUCUGCAAGCCGACGUCCUCCAAGUGCCGUUGGUCAUCAUCGCCCGGACGGACGCCGAGGCGGCAACCCUCCUCGACAACAACUCGGACGGCCGCGACCAUCCGUUCAUCCUUGGCGCCACCAACUUGAACGUCGAGUCGUUUGCCGACGCGGUGCGCAACGGUCGCGCUGACACGUGGGACAAGGACGCGGGUUGCAUGACGUUUACCGAGUACGUUGCGCGGCAGCUGACGGGGAACGCGGCGGGACUGGCUGCAUGGAAGCGCCACGAGUUUGCCGACUUCAGCGCGAUGAAGGCGUAUGCAAUUGAUGUGCUGGGGCUGGCCGUGUCUUCGUUUUGCUGGGAGAAGGCGCGCACGGUCGAAGGCUACUACCGCGUGCGCGGCGGCGUCGAGUUCUGCAUCUCCCGCGCCAAGGCCUAUGCGCCGUACGCGGAUUUGAUCUGGAUGGAGACCACGGUGCCGGGGCUGCCGCUCGCCCGGCAGUUUGCAUCGGGCGUGCACCGCCAGUUCCCGCAUCAGAUGCUCGCGUACAACUUGAGUCCGUCGUUCAACUGGGACGCGGCAGGCAUGUCGGACGCGGAGAUUCGGACGUUCAUCGACGAGCUGGCCACCCUCGGCUACACAUGGCAGUUUAUCACGCUCGCGGGGUUCCACAGCGACUCGCUGGGCAUCACCCGCUUUGCCCGCGACUUCGCCGAGCGCAAGAUGCUUGCGUAUGUGACGGGCAUCCAGCGGGCGGAGCGCACGGAGGGCGUCGAGACGCUCAAGCACCAGGGCUGGUCGGGCACGGAGCUGAUUGACGCGAUGCAGAACACGGUGACUGGAGGGUUGAGCUCGACCAACACGAUGGGCCACGGGGUGACGGAGGCGCAGUUUUAGGACAAGUGUUUCGACAUAUACUAUAUAUAUUGUGUUUAUUCUAAACAUAUAUUGUUGCGAAACUGGAGUGACAUACCGA